CCUGACAACAUUAAAGUCAACAACCAACAUGAAGAAAGACAUUUUUACCAAAUGCUGUGUCCCAUUUGCGUAUUGUCUUUUCUAGUCCACUUUACCUAUAGUCUAAAUGUGAAAAAUAUUUCUUUGACAAUGCCAAAUGUACACCCUGAUACAGAAGAUUCCACUUUUUGCACGUCCCAGAAACUUAAUUCCACGAUAUACCUAGUGGCUUUUGAACCAAAAGCAAGCUUGCAGUUUGUUCACCAUCUACUCGUAUUUGGGUGUUCAAAACCUGGAAGUGUGGACCCAUAUUGGAACUGUGGCGAAACGAAAAACCCUUGUGGUGAAAGUAUCCCAAAAAUCAUCUAUUCAUGGGCUCUGAACGCCACACCAUUCCAUUUACCAAAAAAUGUGGCUUUUAAAGUAGGACCUAAAUCCCAAAUUAACUACCUAGUGUUGCAAAUUCAUUACACGCAUAACUUCCACAAGAACCAAACUGACAUCUCUGGUUUAAACCUCAUGUACACCAAGAAGUACCAAAAUAAACUGGCUGGAAUUUUGGCUUUAGCCUCUGAAGGUCUGAUACCUCCUCGGACCAUAACGACGUUGGAAACACUGUGUCAAAUUAAAGAAAACAAAACCAUUUUUCCGUUUGCCUUCAGGGUCCACACGCACGAGUUAGGCAAACUGGUUUCUGGUUAUAGUACUCACAAAGAUGGCAAUGGUGUUGACCAUUGGUUUCUUUUGGGGAAGAAAAAUCCACAGGAAGCACAGUUGUUUUGUCCUGUUGUGAAUAGGAAGCCUGUGACGUUUGGGGAUAAGUUGAUGGCCAGAUGUACCAUGGAUAGUAGACACAAAGGUACUUAUACCAUUGUAGGACCUGGGCAUGACGACGAGAUGUGUAAUUUUUACAUAGCGUAUUACGUGGAAAAAGGGACGCCUUUAAGAAUGAGUUACUGCAUUUCCACCAGAGUGUAAAAAUAAAGUCAACAACGCUAGAAGAAACGAAAUCAGUUUAAAUAAAAAUCCUAGUACUAGUA